CUUGAGCACUGCACAGCAAAGAUGGCUGGGGUGACACUUGCAUGACAAACCACUGCUAUGGACACAUCUGCAGCAGGAACAGCAGCUCACGUUUUCCUCUGCCAAGGACAGAUGGCAGCAAAGGAAAUGCCAUUCUCGUGAGUGUGCAAGGAACCUACAGAACUGUAAUGUCUAACCCUACAUGGAAUAACAACUCUUGGAAGUUUUUCGGGCUGUACCCGACUAUGUGCAAAACUUAACAAAUCGGCUGCAGCUCCUGCUAAGGAUCAGCCUUGGUACAGAAACAGUGGUAGUUAAAAGGCAGUAAGUAUAUCUGCUAGCUUAAAUGCUGGGUUUUUUUUCUCUUCCUUUUUUUUAUAAUUCACAAGCACAGCUUUUUACUCCUCACACAGUAGGAAUUUGUCAGGAGCUUGCUGGCAUUAAUAGUCUAUUUCAGCCUUUUUCUAUAGCCCAGCAGCUACAGAGGGGGGGAAAAAGCAUGCUUUGUAUGGAGCUGUGGUUGGGUCUGUGCUGCAGUGCCCAUCUGAACUUGGCUGUGUCUAUUUUGUCAGCUUUUGCUUCCCUCUAGUAGUUGCUGGUCCCUUCCUAAAUUGACGAAAUCUCAUCACACAAUGCCUGUGCUUGGAUCAGGGUUCUGGCUGCUCCUGACCUGAACCACUUCUCUUGAUGGUUUUGCUUCUUGAGCUCUUUACUGCAAACAAGAUAUCUUUGGGUUUCAAUUCCGUCUGGCUUUUUUAUCUUUUUCUUCUCAAUUGCUGUCCAGAGGAGUGGGACUUGGACAAAACAUGUGGUAUUCUUAAGCAGGGAUCCAUGGAGAGGGUUUAAGUUAUUGGAAAAGUGAGUGGCAUUCUUGAAAUGGUGUGGUUGUGUUUAUUUGGGUGUGGAUAUAAUCAUGUUUCUGUGAUACAGUUCCUGCUGAGUUUGAAAUGCUAGUGUUAGUAAAACCAGAAGCAGAGCCAGACAAAAGACUGGAGAAAAGUCAGAAUUUCAGUGACUCUUAGUGAUGGUUCGUGGGAAAGUAACGAUUUUGUGUUUGAUUUUCCUAAAGCACUUGGGCACAUGCUUUUUCUUCUCUGUGAAUUACUGUUUGUGGAUAUAUAUCUUUACAGCAUGAGAACAUCAGAAACAGCUGGUUUUGUGCCUAGGUUUCACUCAUAGAGAGGUAGGUCCUUGUUAGAGACUCUGGGUAGUCUGAUGAAAAUGGUGUUUAACUACAAAGCUUCAAUUUCUGCUGUUGCUGAUCAUGGCAGCCUAAUUCCUGGUCAUCCUGAAUCCCUGCAGCAGAGGAUAUGCUCUCCUCCUCCUCCUGCUCUGCCACUGCCCUGCUUUCGUCUUCUCCACCCCACACGUUUCUUAGCCUUGUGUAGAGCUCAGCAGAGAUUUCUUCAUGAAGACUGGAAUGUGUUUAUAUAAUAUUUUAUAUAUUAUUUUAGGCUCCUGCUACUCAAAUGUAGGCAAACGCUUAACCUCUUAUUCGCCAUCAUUAGAUGAACCGUGAAAUUGCUGUAGCAGACAUCAAGUCAGGUGGAUCUAAACCAGCUUCUGCUUUUCCUGCCUGAAAGGUUCAUCCUUUAUCAUUUUCCUGGCAAACCAAGAGCAGGUUUUCCAGCCAGGAGUGUUUAGUUGGGAGCAUUGGUUGUGAACCACACUGGUCAAGCAGUGCUGAGCUGGGUGUAGUGGGGGCUCUUCUGUGUGGGAGGCAUUGGGAAGGGGGUGAUGUGAGAGGCUCAGUCUCUGCAAAAGCAGGGGUAGAGCAGCAGUAGGAACACUGGGCAGAGCUGCUGAAAAGGAGAGAACAACCUGCUGCACUAAAUCACAGCUCCCUGGGGACACAGCUCCAUAGUUAGCAUCCUCAAAUGGCAUUCCUUUAUUACGGCAUCAUUGUGCACGGCCCUCUAGAGAGGAAGCAAACGGUCUCUAAAACAAUCUGCUGGCAGCUCAGGCUGGGCUAUUUGAGGUUUUCCAGGGCUCUUUUGCUGUGUCACUCUUCCCUUUAAUGUUCCAGCUUGAAGGUUGUUGUUCUUUCUCCAUCAAAGUGCGUUAAAGUGCCGGUAAGGGUGUCUGCUCCAAGGACAAGGUGGAGAAGGCAGCAGCCAAGGGAGAACAAGAGAUACUGCAGAACCAGCUUUGUUUUGGUGUAAUCUUUCUUAUCUGCAUGUGAUGCAAAGACAGGGCGGUUUUCACAAGACUUAAGAGGCUGCGUGGUGACAUGUUUUCUGUCCUUUUAUAAAAUCCACCACGUUAUUUUGAUUAGAACACUAACGUAACUCCUGGCAGCCUCAAAUCUCACUGCUAGCAGCUACUUCCCUCCAAAGCCUGAUGUGGUGCUAACAAGCAGAGAGAUCUUGUGCGUCCUGUUUACAUGGAGCUGGGAAGACAGCGUGUUCCGUGGGAGGUGCCAAGGUAGCACUGCAGUUGGAUGUAAGGUGAAAAAACUCUGUGUGUGCAGACAGGCCGUGGUGGGGCGUGUUCAUUUGUGUUUGGUGGUGUUCAGGAACUCCAGCUGCAACACUGGCAUGAUGGUGUUAAGUUCUUUUAUAUCUGAAUAUGUAUCUUUUAUAUCUAUGCAUGCGUAGCAUGUUUGUGUUUGUAUAUAUUUAUAUCUGUAUCUAUUCUCUCUCACGGGAAAGUCCACGUCCUGGAUCAUCUGUGCUUGUGAUCUCCUGAUGAAUUCUCUGUUGUUCAGUUUUUAGGUGGCAGAGACGCGGUGAAGCUGAGUGUGGGGCAGGCAGAGCUGAUGGGGGAGCCUGGGGUGUAGCCCAGGAUGGACUGGCUGUGACGACGUGCCUUAGCCGGAGAGGUUGUUACCAUGAAGAGUUCCUGCAGAGCUGGCCUCCACAGGGAACCGCUGAAUUCCACAUCCUCCACCUUCCACCAAGUCAAACGGGUUUCUGGUAUGCACUUAAAGCCAUAUCUCAAGUUACAGAAGAAAGAGCGAUCCCCAGAAAUAAGCCAGGAUUCCCUGCGAGGCCACCAGGGACCAACACAAGGAGAAAAAUACACCAACUGCAGCAAACUGAACGUUUUCCCCAAACCCUCCCUCGUGACUCCAUCUCAGAAGCUUCUGGGGAUUAUUUAUCCGAAUACUAUGUGCAAUAUGAACGGCAAGGGCCCGGCGGACGGUCCAAGCGCAAGGGAAAAGAAGAACGCCCUGUCUGCGACGAUCCACCAGGGAGAAGAAGGGGAAGGGCCGCUGGAUGUCUGGGCUGUGGUGAAACCUGGCAACACCAAGGAGAAAAUCGCCUUCUUCGCGGCGCAGCAGUGCAGCAGCAACACCCGCGCGGGCUCCAUGAAAAUCAAGAGCACGUGGGACAUCGACGGGAGAACGGCCAAACGCAGGAAAAAAUCAGUGGAUCUUAAAAAAGCCAAAAUCCAACUGGAAAGAAUGAGGGAGGCGAACGCCAGGUGCUCCCAGCCGGAGCCUUUCGCCUGCGGCAUCGAGCACUGCUCGGUGCACUUCGGGAGCGACAGCGGGGAGGGCGCGUUCCCGGGCCGCUCCCUGUCGGUGAUCGAGAUGGUGGCGUUCCUGGAGCAGCGGGCCAGCGCCCUGCUGGUGGACUGUGCCAAGACCUGCACGGCCGCCUCCGCCACCAGGCUGAGCGCCCAGCCCAAGGCCGCCCCGCCCGGCUCCGACCCCUUCUCCUCGGGCGGGGCGCUGGAGUCCGAGUGCCUGAGGCGGCAGAGCGAGCGCGAGGCCGGGAGCCUCUCCCGCAACAACAGCUUCCGCAGGAACGUCGGCAGGGUGCUCCUGGCCAGCGGCACCCAGCCCGAGGGAGACGGGGGGAAGGGGGUCCCGGCUCAGGGGGGCGGCCUGGGGGAGGCAGGGGUGGCAGAGGCUGGCUACGGAGGUCGCUGCGGCCCUCUGGGCGCCACUGAGCUGUGGGAUGGCGGCGCCUCUGCUCGGCAGCCGUUUCCUUCGGGGCUGGAUACCCGGGUGGGGAAUGUGAAUUCGGGACUUGCCCACGCGGUGUUGGCGAUGACAGCUGGCAGGAAUGACACUGAAACGCGGAUUGAGCCUCCCAGGGCUCUGCUGUCCCCGUGUCCAGCUGCUGCCAGGCUGCCAGCGGAUCCCUUGCAGAGCAAGAAUGCGACUGUUGAUAUGUCGAAAGAGCCUGUAAUUUUCCCAAAGCAUCCUGCUAGGAAGGAGCCCUUAUGCAUCAGUAUAUCAGUCACCAAGACAGAGGAAGGGUGCAGGAAGGAGAAGCUCUCCAGUUCUGGUGAGGAUUCACUCCCAGGGAGGCUGUUUUUCCUCCAGGGUGAGCAGCCUGCUGCUCACGAGCAACAGCCACGGCGGGAGAGUAUCCAGGAGAAGCCAGGGGAAGUAGCCCCAAACGAGGAUGAGGAUGCUCUGGCAUCUGCCAGAUCGUGUGUCAGAAGCAGUGUCCCUACAGAGCCAUCGGCCCCUUCUGUCCCUCCCACAGAAGGGGCUUUGCAAGUACUUGAUGCUUCCUGCCUAAAGCGGCAGGUUUCACAUGACUUUCUGGAAACCAGGUUUAAAAUCCAGCAGCUUUUGGAGCCUCAGCAGUACAUGGCCUUCUUGCCUCACCACAUCAUCGUGAAGAUCUUUGGCUUGCUUCCCACCAGGAGCCUGGUUGCCCUAAAAUGCACAUGCUACUACUUCAAAUUCAUCAUCGAGUACUACAACAUCAGGCCGGCGGACUCGCGCUGGGUGCGCGACCCUCGCUACCGGGAAGACCCCUGCAAGCAGUGCAAGAAGAAAUACGUGAAGGGGGACGUGUCCCUGUGCCGGUGGCACCCCAAGCCCUACUGCCAGGCCCUGCCCUAUGGGCCUGGCUACUGGAUGUGCUGCCACCGCUCCCAGAAGGGCAUCCCGGGCUGUAAGCUGGGUCUCCAUGACAAUCACUGGGUCCCUGCCUGCCACAGCUUUAACCGCGCGAUCCAUAAGAAAACCAGAGGAGCUGGAGCAGAGGUGGAAGAGGAAUAUUAGUGCACAAACACUUUCCUGCAAGAUUGUUUGGGAUAGGAGGAGGAGAUUCUCAUGCCUUGUGCUGUUUACAGUGUAUAUAAUUGUCGUGAUUUUUUUUUUUUUUCCCCACAGGGCUAUGAAACUGCACAUACUCAAACACAAGAGCCUUUACCUUUUAGAUUAAAAGAGAGCUUUUAGUCCAUCUCUGUAAAUAACACUAUAAAAACUAAUUGUACAUACAGAGUCUACAGCUGGCUGAACAAGGUAACCCCUACAAUGCAGCUAUCCCAGUGUUGCGGCUAUAGGUGUGUGUGUUUUUAAGUGUCUUGUUUCAAAAUCUGUAUAUCCUGUAUAAUAUAUGAAUGUUUCUGAGAAGAAACUCUAAAUAGGUAAAGGUCAACUUGUUUAAAGAAGCUGCAGACAACUUAACUGGACAACAAACUUUAAACUAUAGAGCAGAUCCAUUAUAUUAGCGUGGCAGUGGAUUAAAAAAAAAAAAAAGAGGAAUAUUAUUGUAUAGUCAGAAUAUAAAAAAAAAAAGUUCUUGUCUACCUUACCCAUGUUGUCUGGUUGGGUUUUUUUUUUUUGGUUCUUUUUUUUUUUACAUAAAUAAAAUGUGCAUUCUAGAUCUGCCUUACCAGACA